AGAAUCAAGUGAGGAGGAGCCAGAUACAAAUGAAUUAGAUUGUGAAGAUAGUUAUGAUGAUUAUGAUAAAUCAGAUGAAGGAAUUAGCAUUGAUGAAUUCGAUAAAGAAAUCAACAAUAGCGAUAGUAAAUUUGAUGAAGAAAUUAGCAAUGAUGAAUUUGAUGAAAGAAUUAGCAGUAAAAGAAUUAGCAAUGAUGAAUUUGAUGAAAAAAUCAAUGAUGAAUUUAGUAUUGAUAAAAUUACUUACAAUGAAUUUGAUGAUAAAGAAUUUCGUAUGGAUGAAAUUAAAAAUGAAUAA